AUGGAGUCUGAAGAAUACUUCUCCUCUGAUGAGGAAGAGGAAACUAUGGAAGAGAAAAUUGCUCGGUACUUGGGAAUCCUCAUGAAGAUGCAUGCCAAAUUCUGUGGAACAGAAGCAUUGGAGGAGGAACCUCCAGUACUUACCAAAGAGUGUAGUGUCCUAAUUCUGAAAAAGUUGCCUCAGAAGAUGUCGAACCCCGGAAGUUUCCUAAUUUCCUGCACCAUAGGGACAAUGACCUUUGAGAAGGUUUUGUGUAAUCUUGGGUCAAGCAUAAACCUCAUGCCUCUCUCUAUAAUAAGAAGGCUGGGAAUUCUAGAGGUGCAAGUUGCCAAGAUUUCAUUAGAAAUGGUAGACAAAAUCCUAAAAAAGGCAUAUGGCAUGGUAGAAGAUGUCCUAGUGAAGGUUGAAAACCUUUACAUCCCUGUGGAGUUUAUAAUUCUAGACACUGGAGAGGGCAAGGACGAGUCUAUCAUCCUUGAAAGGUCUUUCCUAGCCACUGCUAAAGCCAUAAUUGAUGUGGAAAAGGGAGAGUUAGUCCUGUAG